AUGGACUGCGCUUCGAAAAAAUUGAAGAAGAUGGACGACGCUACUUCCAUAGCUUCUCUUCCCCAAGAGAUAAUUCUCAAAUUUCUCACCACUCUCCCUCCCAAAUCUGCACUCUCUUUAAGGUGCACUUCUAAAUUCUUCCAUUCUUUCAUCCCUCAGCCGCACUUCGGUUUUAGAAUCCUCUUCUGGGUUUCAUCCACAAAUCUGUACACUGUGGACUACACUACUGAAGAGACCCAUGGAAGGCUCCAACCCACCAGUCUCCAAUGCUCAGCACAUGAAUUGCGGCGUUUUAAACGACUGAUUGGUUCAAGCUUUGCAGAUGGCAAGCUUUGUAUGUUCAACAGGAAUGGAGAGACCACUAUCCUGGACCUUAGUACAAGACAACAUAUUUCUCUUCCCCAAACAUCUUUCCAUCCAAACCCAGGUUGUGGGGAGCUGUGGACAAAAAUGUUUUCCGGUGCAGCCCUGGGUUUUGAUCCGGUGUCGAAAAGGUACAAGGUUUUGAAGUCAGAAUUAUACAUUAAUAAUCUUCACCACUAUUAUCAGGGCGUGUUGAGGGUUUUAACUCUUGGGGUGGAUGAAUCAUGGAGGGCGGUGACUACAGAAAACUCCUUCCUCCCUCGCAGGCACAUUGGUAGUGUUCAAAUUGGUGGUAUUAUCUAUUUGAUGAACUUUAAAAUAAAUUCCAGGGAUGAACAAGAAAUAGUUGUAUUUGAUAUUGGAAAUGAAAAUUUAAUUAGGAUGAUAACUUUUCCCUAUAUAUUCCAACACUCGGGUGGUCCGCCGACUCAUUCGACUCAUUCAUCAUGGGUGAAAUUAAAUGGUCGAUUAGCAUAUAUUUUUGUUGAUGAUGUAAAAGGAAGGACGACCCAAAUAUUUGUUUGUACUUUGGAUGAAUCAAUGGGACCCGGGUGGGACAAACAUGAGGUUCCUCUUACAUUGGAAGAGGCAGAAAUCAUUAGUCAAGCUGAAUCCAUGAGCUUUACGGCUAAUAGUAUUGGGGAAAUUGUGUUCUUGAUUCAAGCCAGGAGUAUGUCUCCUAAGAUUUUAAUUUAUGCAUGUGGAACACAAUUAUGGAGAAAGUUUGAGAUUAAUGGUUGUUCACCUGUUGAAAAUUUGAGUAGGAUGAUUGUGCAUGUAAUAGAAGAGAAAGUAUAUUUUUCCGAAUGA